CCAGACUGAUCAGUGAAAAUGGGGGUAAGAUUGUAGCAAUAAGUGAUGUAACAGGAGCAAUAAAGAAUAGCAAUGGGAUAGAUAUUCCAAGCUUACUAAAGCAUGCAAAGGAACACAAAGGUGUGAAGGGUUUUGAAGGGGGGAAUCCAAUUGAUCCCAAAUCUAUUUUGGUUGAAGACUGUGACAUACUAAUACCAGCAGCCCUUGGAGGGGUCAUCAAUAAGGAAAAUGCUAAUGAAAUCAAAGCCAAAUUCAUAAUCGAAGCAGCCAAUCACCCAACAGACCCAGAGGGCGACGAGAACAUCCAAGGUUUCAUGUGGGAGGAAGAGAAAGUAAACAAGGAGCUGAAGACUUACAUGACGAAUGGCUUCAAAGAUGUGAAGGAGAUGUGCAAAUCCCAUAACUGUGACCUCCGCAUGGGCGCUUUUACACUUGGAGUCAACCGUGUCGCCAGAGCCACUGUGCUGAGGGGUUGGGAAGCCUGA